AUGGAAAAUCAAACCAUAAUAACAGAGUUUAUACUGUUGGGGCUCUCCAGUGACCCACAUCUACAGGUUUUUCUGUUCUUGUUGUUUCUAAUCAUAUUUUCAAUGAUAUUAUUAGGGAAUGCAACAAUUAUUCUGGUGAUCCGGAUGGAGGUUGGCCUUCAGAGCCCUAUGUUCUUCUUCCUCAGCCAUUUAGCCCUUGUGGACAUCUAUUAUUCCUCGGUCACUCUCCCAAAGAUGCUGGAAAACUUCAUUGCACAGAACAAAACCAUUUCCCUGGAAGGAUGCAUCACUCAGAUCUUUUUCUUUUUCCAGUCUGCCGAUGCUGAGGUUUUCAUCCUCUCCGCAAUGGCUUAUGACCGCUAUGUUGCCAUCUGUGACCCACUGCAUUAUUCCACCAUCAUGAAAAAGACUUUCUGCAGACAGCUGGUGGGUGGAGCAUGGUUAUUGGGUUUCUUAUAUGCGAUGGCAAACACGUUGCCAUUGGCAAAUGCCCAUUUUUGCGGGAACAAUACUAUCCCCCACUAUAGCUGUGAACUUCCUUCCCUCUUGCCAUUGUCUUGCAGCUACCCUCUCACCAAUUAUGUUGUGCUUUUCACCUCUGUAGUAGUAUUUGGGCUCAGCUCGUUCCUUCUCACCCUUGUCUCUUAUGUUCACAUCAUCUCCACCAUCUUGAAAAUUCGCUCCGCCGAGGGGAGAAGCAAAGCCUUCUCCACCUGCAGCUCCCACCUCAUUGUGGUUGGCUUAUUUUACUCGGCAGCUUUUUUUCGGUACAUGAAGCCCAAUUCCGAAUCAUUUAUAGAACUGGACAAAGUGGUGUCAAUCCAGUACAGCAUCUUAACACCCCUGUUCAAUCCAAUAAUAUAUAGCUUGAAAAACAAUGACAUCAAAACUGCUUUGAGGAAAUUUUUUGGAAACCUUAGGUUUUUUUAA